GAACGACGACUGGCAUCUGAAUCUUCAUCAGAGAUGGCGAAAGAUCCUCAAGAAGGACUGAAAUCAGAUCCACCCUGCCAUCCUCUCGCAUGUGCUAUUCAAGACUGCAUACAGAAGAACAAUUACGACGAGGCAAAGUGCAAGAAGCAGAUCGAUGCGCUGUAUGAAUGCUGUAAUCUGUUCUACAAGAAAGAGGGAGAUGAUGCAACAACGGUGAGCUGUCCGAAGGCCAGUCUCCUGCGGCUCAAGAUGAAGCAGCGACAGCAGGGCCUUUGACAGCAGUCUCGUGGAUCUCGUCAGCGAUCUGACUCGGAGCAGGCACUCGUAUUCUCUGCGCCGGAAAUACCAUCAAAUAGUGAUGCCAGACAGGGCCAAAGACAGACGCAGCUCGACCAUCCUGAGACCACCACUAUGGCAUGCCCAGCUGGAGACGAAGCUCCUUAGUUGACACCUGCCCUCUGUCCACCAGACAACCUUCAAGUGACCAGCGCAGACAGCCUUCACACAGAUCCUUCCUCAUAGCCAACACAAUCCCUUCAUCCCUC